AUGGCGGCUCUGAGGAGUUGGCUGUCGCGGAGCGUAUCCUCCUUCUUCAGAUACAGACGGAGUGUGCCUGUCGCGGCCAGCUUCAGGAGGCGCUGUUUCUCGGAGCUGAUAAGACCAUGGCACAAGGCGGUGGGCGUGGGAGUCGGUGUGACCCUGUGUGCGGUCCCCAUCGCGCAGAAAUCAGAGCCUCAUUCUCUCAGUAACGACGCACUAAUGAGGAGGGCUGUGUCUCUGGUGACAGAUAGCACCUCCACCUUUCUCUCUCAGACCACCUAUGCGCUGAUUGAAGCCAUCACAGAGUAUACCAAGGCCGUUUACACCUUAGUUUCUCUGUACCGACAAUAUACAAGUUUACUGGGGAAAAUGAAUUCACAGGAGGAAGAUGAAGUGUGGCAGGUGAUCAUAGGAGCCAGAGUUGAGAUGUCUUCAAAGCAGCAAGAGUACCUGAGGCUGGAGAAUACCUGGAUGACCGCAGUCAGUCUCUCAGAGAUGGCGGCGGAAGCUGCGUAUCACACCGGAGCAGAUCAGGCCUCCAUAACCGCCAGGAAUCACAUCCAGCUGGUGAAGUCGCAGGUGCAGGAAGUGCGCCAGCUCUCCCAGAAAGCAGAAACCAAGUUGGCAGAAGCACAGACGGAAGAGCUCCGUCAGAAAACACAGGAGGUGGAUGACCGGGCUGAGCCGGAGCAGGAGGCCUACCUGCGUGAGGAUUGA